UUAAUAUUAUUUUCAAUAUAUUUUAUUGUAUUUGGUAUGAGUGCAACAUUACCACAACAACAACAACAACAUCAAAUUGUACAAAAUCCAGUAUCAUUUAAAACAAGAUCAACAGAACAAUAUGAAGAUAAUAGUAGUGAUGUUGAAGAUUAUGAUGCACAAGCACAAACACAAAUCGGAUAUCGUUCAAGGCUAUAUGAUUAUCCGGAAGAUGAACAACAACAGCAACAACCAGAAACACAAACACGUCAACAAUAUCAAAGUAAUUUAUUAAGAAAACAACAACAACAACAACAAUUGAAUUAUAAUAGUAAUGCAAGUAAAAAAGAAGCACAAAAACAACAACGUUUAAAACAAAUUGAAGAAGAGCUUGAAGAAGAAGAACCCGAUAGAUUAGCAAUUUUAUUACAAAAAUCAUCAUUUACAUGUAAUGGAAAAACUACCGGUUAUUAUGCUGAUGAUUCAAUAAAUUGUGAAGUUUUCCAUUACUGUCAAGAAAAUCAAAAACAUUCAUGGGUAUGCCCCGAAGGAUUUACAUUCCAUCAAAUUCAUUUAAUUUGUAUGCCACCAUCUGGUGAAAAUAUAUGCGAACAAUCAUCAAAAUAUCAUGUUGUUAAUGAAUAUUUAUAUAAACCAUUAAAUUUACAAGAACAUCAAAGUAAACCAAAUGUAACAUUAAGAUAUUCAGAACGUUAUUAUCCAGAAAAUUAUUAUGAUGAAAGAAGGUAUGAAGCUGAUGAUAGAAUAUCACAUAAUAGUAGAGAACCAGUUCAAGUAAUAGUCAAUACACAACAACGUAAAAGUCCUACAACUACAGCUUCAACACUUCCAUAUAGAUUUGCUAGUCAACAUAAUCAACAUCAACAACAAGUUCAACAAAUUCAACAAUCAUUUAGAUCACCCGAAGAAAUAAAUAUCUCAUUACAACAGAGAAGACCAACAUUUUAUUUAGCAAGUUCAUCAUCAACACCAAGAUAUACAUCAAUUGAUGAAGAUUAUGGUUAUGAAAAAUAAAUUCGAAUAAUUCAAAAAGAGAUUUUUGGUACGAAAGAUUAGCGGCGUUUAUUUUAUAAAAAAAAAAAACAAGUAUUCAACAUUGAAAAUAAAAAAUAUAAUAUGCGCCAUCUAAAAAAUGUGAAUCUGUAAAAUUUUUUUUUUAUUAUUUUAUAAUUAUUAUUAAUUAUA